GCUGGGAAAGGUACAGUUUGCUGCUCUGGUGACUAUGAGAUUUCCUUGUGACCUCUUCCAAGUCGGCAAUGCACUGCAGGAGAGAGAGAACUUUCUCUGGGUCUGAAGUAAUUCAGUCCAGCCUGAUUUUUACAUGGUUUUGAAUUUCAUAAAUGGGCAUGGCGCUUCUCAGUCUGUACAGACAGACAGACACUGUAUCGGGCAGGACAUCCCUCAGUUUGUACCGACAAACAGGACGCCUCUCAGUACUCUGUACAGACAGACACACACUGGGCAGGACGCCCCUCGGUCUGUGCAGACAGACAGACACUGGGCAGGACGCCCCUGGGUCUGUGCAGACAGACACACACUGCGCAGGACGCCCCUCGGUCUGUGCAGACCCAGAAAUGAGACACCCAGCGCACGGGGUGGGGGAACUGCAAGCCGAGGACUAGCUUUAUUUCCUCUUCCUUCCUUCCUACGGGCCCCUGCCCUGCACAGGUACCUAUUCCCAGCCUUGCUGGUGGAGGGGGCCCUUGCUGGGGAGCCCGGGCCGCCCGGGUAGACUAGGCAAGUGUCCGGCCGAGGGGCGCGGGGGUGUGCGGGACGGGGCCCGUCCCUCCGCGCUGACUGCACAAUGCACCCGGCUGCGCGCGUCUCAUUGGCCCUGUGACGCCCGGAAAUUGGAACCCCAGCCCGGGCCGCGGCUCCUGCUUCUCCGGCGGCCGGAGGGGGCGACCCCUGUCCAGCAUGUGCGAGCAGCCGGCGCCGGAGACCCGGCGGCCGCCCGGCGGCAGCGACGAUGACGAAGUCUUCCUUCCUGAUGCAAACUGUACAUCACCAUCUGUUACCUUUCUGCAAGAAUUGCCUAGUUAUCGGUCCAUUUUGAGGCGGAGAACUUCUGCUGGAGGAACACAAGAUAGACGACAAAACAAUCAUGGCUUUGUGAGACCCCCUGCUGCAGAGAAAAGAAAUCUUGUAGAAGGAACAGGAGUGGAAAAUGAGGCUGUGGUUCGAUCAAUAAGAGAAUAUGCAUUAAAUAUUCCGGAGAAGAGAAGACGAAGGGACAUCCAGGAGGCUAAUGUAAAAUAUUUAUCUGGAUGGGAUCAGUGGAAGCAGACCAGAAAUAAAUCAUGGAAAAAAUUUCUAGAUGAAAUCAAGGAGCUGUCAUCUUACUUGGAACUUUGGAGAAAUGACAUUCGUAGCAUUGAGGGGAAGUUUGGCACUGGUAUCAAGUCCUAUUUCUCCUUCCUGCGUUUCCUGGUCCUGUUAAAUUUUAUAAUCUUUGUUCUGAUGUUCAGUUUUAUAACACUUCCAAGCACCAUUUCUAAAUACGGAAUUCUCAACAGUAGCUACGUUAAAGUUCCUUCAGAACGCAUAGACCUGCCAUGCAGAAAUUAUACAAUUAGUGGUACUAAAGGACUCGUUUACUUCCAUACUUACAUAAUAGAUCUGCUCUCUGGCACUGGUUUCCUUGAAAUGACGAGUCUGUUCUAUGGAUAUUACACAAUAGAUAUGGUACAGUUGAAAGUCAUUAAAUACAAUGUACCACUUGCGUACUUGCUGACUACACUUGUAUAUCUCUCAUUAAGUCUUAUCUGGAUAGUGAAAAGGUCUGUGGAAGGGUUUAAACAAAACUUGGUACGUGAGGAAGAUCAAUUUCAGAGUUACUGCAACAAAAUCUUUGCAGGCUGGGACUUCUGCAUUACAGACCUGAAUGCUUCGUGGCUGAAACAUAGUAGUUUACAAUAUGAACUAAAAACAGACUUGGCGGAAGAAAGACUAAGGCAAAAAAAAGCUGACAGGACAACAGAAGAAAAGCUGCGCAUCUACUGUCUAAGACUAUUUUUAAAUAUCUUUGUUCUUGCACUUUUGUCAGUAUGCUUUUAUUCUAUCUACAGAGCAACCAUCUACUCGCAAGAAAAUAUUUCCAAUGAUAGCAUCAAGAUGAUGUUUGAGGGUAAUCUCUUGGUGCAAUACUUGCCUUCUAUAGUGAUCACCUUGGCCAACUUUAUUGUGCCUCUGUUUUUUUCAUAUAUAAUCCAAUUGGAAGAGUAUUCACCAGCCUUUGAGAUCAGGUUAACACUGAUGCGGUGUGUCUUUGUGCGGCUGGCCAACAUUGGUGUUCUUUUGUUUUCACUGUGGAAUCGAAUCUCAUGUGGUAAUGAAAAGUGUAAGCCCUGUGGAUACAAUUACGAGCUCUACCCAUGCUGGGAAUCUCGAGUUGGGCAGGAGAUGUAUAAGCUGAUGAUUUUUGAUUUCAUAAUAAUUUUUGCUGUGGCAGUGUUUGUUAACUUUCCUAGAAAGUUGUUAGUUACCUAUUACUCUUGUAAACCAAUUCAGUGGUGCGGCCUGCAGGAAUUUGGAAUUCCUGAAAAUGUACUGGAAAUUGUUUAUGGGCAGACAAUCUGCUGGAUUGGAACCUUUUAUUCACCCGUUCUUCCUGCUAUAGCAACUGUAAAAUAUUUUAUCGUCUUUUACAUAAAAAAGAUAAGUUUGAUGCAUACGUGUAGACCUUCAAAGAGGCCUGUCAGAGCAUCAAGCUCUAAUUUCUUCUUCUUGGUGGUGCUGUUGAUUGGGCUUGUAUUGGCUUUUAUUCCUUUGGGACUCAGCAUGACAUACUUCCGCCCCUCUAAAGCGUGUGGGCCAUUCGUUAAUUUUAACAGUUCGUGGGAUGUUGUUCCACAUACAAUACAAGGGUUUCCAACAGCUCUGCAGAAGGUCCUUAAUGGUAUAGCUUCAGAAGCAUUUGCAGUGCCUUUCUUUAUGGUUAUCUGCCUUAUUAUGUUCUAUUUCAUUGCCUUGGCUGGAGCACAUAAACGGGUUGUUGAUCAGCUCAGGGAACAGUUGGUUAUGGAUUAUACCAUGUGUUAGUUACCAUGUGGGAACAAUCCACCUUUUUUCCUAGUAAAGACAAGGAGAGUCGUGACAAACUGUUCCUAAUCAGAAAGCUAACUGAAGCUCAGAAGCAUAGUUGAAAAACCUCCAAAAGGAAAUUGUGUGAGAUGGAUUUUGACUUCGAGACUUUAUAGAACCUCUAGAUACAGCAGGAACAAACAUAACAAUCCGUAGGACCUUGAAAACUGAAUCACUAACUAGGGCCCUGAUCUUUCAAACAAUUUUGUGCAUGCUUAACUUUAAGAACACAAGUAAUCCCACAGCUUCAAUAGGACUACUUGUGUUUAAAGUUAAGAAUGUGCACAGAUGUUUUCAGGAUUGGGGCCUUAACGUGUUUGUACCAUAUUAACUCUGCACAGAAACUCUCUGGUAGGACUAUUUAUGUUGUUAAGGUUUAAGAUUAUCAGUGUUUACAUUAAACCCCUAUUUUCAGGGGGGUUUAGAUUGCUGUAAAAAUGUGCUCUGAGCUGAAACUUUGCCCAGGAAGUGUCUUAGCGCAGAAACCAUUUGAAAUAUCAGUUUUUCUGUUUAUAAAUUAUGCUGUGGGAGUAGGGGGGUCGGGGGACUAUAGGAAUUCCUAAUUUUACACUUUUCCAACUAACUUCUCUUUUAAAACUGAAGUGUUGGAGGCAUCUAGGUUGCUAUGCCGAAUUAGCACAUAGGGGGAACAAAUAAAAUCUGUAUUCAUUUAAGUAGAUUUCUUAAAUAUUUUUAAUAUGUAGACUUAGAGUUUUUGCUCUGAAACAGCUAUUAUGGUCAGUCUUGUCUAUGAUUCACUGGAAAUUUGGCCCUAAGCGUUUCAGAAGCAAAAUACAAUGAAAGGAAUUUUGAGCAAACGCUGGGAACAGAUCCUCAGUUGGUGUAAAUCAGUGUAGUGAAACUGAAGUAAAUGGAGCUAAGCCAAUUUACACCAGCUGGGGAUCUGGCCCUUAUUUUAUGCCUGUAAUGUACUGUUACUCCAAUUUUGUUCUGAACAAGUUUUGAAUGUUAUAGUGCCUUUCUUGCUUAACUCUCAGGUGUACAUAUUUUAAAGCAAAUAAGUAGCAACUUUACAGUACAACAUUUGGAAACUUUAACACUCUUACAUGCCAGUACCUCUUAAAUGCACUACUUGUUUAAAAAAAAAAGCAGCAUGGAACUAUAUUUUUAUGAACGAAUAAUUUCCAAAUACUCUACCAGAUUUCAUUAUUUGAAGACUCUGCUUCCAUUGCUUAGAGUUUUCUAUAGUGCAUUGUAUGUACGUAUGCGUAUGUUACUUGAACUCUGUAGAGGAUAACUUGGAACAUAUUACACAGUAGCAAUAAGUAUUUAUGCAAGCCCUUGGUGUACUGUUAAUCUUUAAUGUGACAGAUCCUGUAUCUUUGACUGUAUAUCUUGGAAUGAUUAAUUUUUAAAAAACUAACAUGCAUUAAACAACUCUGAAUCUUA